CGGUCUUUAAACGUCGGUUACUAAACAUCGAAAAGGAAUAAAUUAAAAAAAAUAUUUAAAAUAAAAAAUUUUGAUAAGGCAAGUUGUUAUCAGUUUUACCCCAAAAUUCUGGCACAAUUUUUAAAGAUGAAAAAGUUUUUGGCGAUCUUUUUGUUCGCACUUUUCGUCACAAGCGCGAUUGCCAGCGACGAAAUCGAUGAACUUGAUGACUUUGAUGCUGAUGACGAUGAACUUUUGAGAGAAAUUGAAGCUAAGCAUGUCGCAAAAGAACAUGCACGUGAAAAUGAAGCCGCUAAAGUUUCUGUGACGAAAUUAGCUGAAGCUCAUGCCCAAGAUGCUCUUGUCAACAACAAAAUUCCAAUUGAAAUUGACUUGUGCGCCAAGGUCCAUUGCAGCGCAGGAAAAAUCUGCCAAAUUAUCGAUGAUGCCGCGCAAUGCGUUUGCGUUCCCGAAUGCCCCGAAGUUGAUGAGCCACGUCGCAAAGUUUGCACGAAUUUGAACGAAACGUGGGCCUCUGACUGCGAAGUUCAUCGUCAACGUUGCUUGUGCGAGCAAAACGACCCCAAAUGCACCAACAAGGAAGCUGCGCACGUGCACAUCGAUUAUUAUGGCGAAUGUCGCGAAUUGCCCGAAUGCAGUGACGACGAGAUGAAAGAUUUUCCGCGUCGCAUGCGCGAAUGGCUCUUCAACGUCAUGAUCGAUUUGGCGACGCGCAACGAAUUGCCCGAAUAUUACAUCACGUUGAUCCACGACAACGAGAAGAACUUGACGAAACGUUGGGCUGACGCUGCAGUCUGGAAAUUCUGCGAUUUGGAUGUCGAGGGAGACAAAACUAUUUCGCGUCAUGAACUUUUCCCGAUUCGCGCGCCUUUGUUGACGCUCGAACAUUGCAUUGCGCCGUUUUUGGAGACUUGCGAUGAAAAUGACGAUCAUCGUAUCAGCUUGAAGGAAUGGGGAAAAUGCCUCGAGAUCGAAACUGACGAGCUCACCGAGAAAUGUGCCAAUAUGACACGCAAAGGGCAACCAAUUGAAGCCUAAAGUAGCUCCAGAGCACCUUUUCACUGCCUUUAAAUUCCUUUUUACUAAAAAAAAAAUUAUGUAACCUACGUGCCAUAACAUAAAAUGAUGAAUAAAUGCGUUCUUUAAUUCAAUCUUAA